CGUCUUCAACGUUCCUCGUCGUCAUUUACGUUGCCGCCGUCGCCGUCGUCGUCAACCUGGGCAACCGCGCCAUCGUUGUGCGCAACUGCAACGGCGCUUAAACCCUCGCCAUGCGGCUCCUUCGUCGCUGCCUUUUUCCUAUCUUUGCGAAUGCCGUUUUAGCAGCGUUUCCACUUGUCGACUUUAACCGUAUGGGCAAAGUCGGUCUUGUAGGCACCUUUGCUGGUCUCGACUUUUUCCAAAACUCUUCCUCGACGCUCGACGCAUCGACCGCUACCUUACUGUCCCGUUCCGAUGACGGCGAACUAUCUAUUCUCGCUGCCACCAAUACAGGCGGCCGCAUUGUGGCCGGCUGCGUGCUCGACAACGUUUUCUAUUUUGGCGGUCUAUUCUCAUCCAUUGGUUCAGCGUCUGCUGUAAAUGUCGCGUCGUAUACCGCCUCGUCUGACCAAUUUGCUGCUCUGGGUAGCAGCGGGCCCAACGGCCAAGUCGACGCGGUGUUCUGCGAUGACAAGAACAAGAAGGUGUGGGUCGGAGGAUCUUUUAACUCCCCGGGCUCCUCUAUCGCUGUUUGGGAUCCCAGUGCAAGCUCAUGGUCGGCACCUCCGUUCAAGGGCGUUACAGGUGCAAAUGCGCGGGUGCUUUCAAUUACCACCAACUCCUCCGAGUCUAGUCUUUUCUUUUCCGGCUCCUUUAUUAUAUCUUUUGAAGGCAACGGGACCAUCAUCAACAGCACAAAUAAUCCAAACGUUCCCUUCUCCGCGGGCGCCACCCCUUUUUCCUCGUCUCUCGUUCCCAUCCCUCUCCAGAGUGCCGAGCUCGUCGCCUCUCCAUCAUCUACAGACGCCGAUUUCAGCAAUAUAACCAACGUUUUGUGCCCCGCGGGUGAGGAUGGUGCCGGAAACACCUGGUUUGCAGCAGACCAGAAUACUGCUGUGAUUACCGCGCGCACAUUCUCCUUCAUUAAUGCCGACGGCAUUCGUCUAGGAAACACUUUCUUGGAUAAUCAUGGCACGACAGGUUUCAGUGUCACUACCAUCCCAGAUAACACCGUGCAGACGCUACGCUAUCUAGAUCCCACGACAAACGAGAAUGUUACCUGCAUUGAUCCCUGCUCGUUGUCUACCAAUUCUUCUCUCCUCUAUCAAGACUUUCUGUUCGAGGACAACAGUUUGUCUAUAACUGGUGUAGAAGUGAAGUUGUCAGAAUGGACGGGUAAUGGACCCGGGCUCCAUAUUUUCCAACUCCUUUCAUCGGGUGCCUUUGCUUCUGCCGUUGAUUCUGAAAACAGCCAAUCGUGCUACGCCCCAAAUGCUUCCAAUGCUACCCACACUGGCGAUUGGCAAGUGAAGAUUGCCAACACAAAUAUUUCAGGGACCACCCAGUCUAUCUUAGUGUCGACGGUUGACGUAGGAACUUCGGCGGCGAAUGGACCAAGCGUAACAUGGGCUCCAUAUGUAUCCGCCUCUGGUGAAUACGUGAUGAACAUGUUGGUCCCGGGAUGCACCAAUUUCCAAGACUGCGACAUGCGCACUUCUGUUGAAGUCACUGUCUUCCCAGGUGAAGGCUUGGAUCCUUGGGUGACACAGGUUUCGCAGCAGAACAGCGAUGACGCAGUUGUUCUUAUAUACAGUGGUCCAGUCAUCCCAUCAUCUCCGAAUUUCGUCACCACCGUGUCUAUGACGUUGUCUGAUAACCCGACUGGUACUGGACAAGGAGGACAGUACGAGUUAGUUGCCGAUCGCAUCGAGUUGGUUCUUACCUCGGCGAACAUCACAUCCAACUCCAGCAAUACUAGUUCAAAUGGAAGUUUAACGACGUCGGGGACUAGAAACAGCUUCGGAUUCUUCGAAUGGCCUCUAGAUUCUGACUCCACCAACGACGCAACCGCCACCCUUCCUAACUCAACAGAGACCUCUCUAGACGGAGUUGGCUUCGGAAUCGAUACUGCCGUUGGAAGCAUCAGCAGUUUGACCUCGUCUAAUUCUGCAAUCGUGACGGUUGCUCAUCAUACCUCCGGUUUAUUCGUUGGCGGCAAUUUUACGCUAUCGUCUGGUAGCGCAUCAGGCGCUAGAAACAUAGCAGUGUACAGAAAUUCAGAGCUUCUAGGACUGAAUGGUGGAGGUUUGAAUGGACCAGUCACGGCCUUCGUUUUGGUUGAGAACACCCUAUACGUGGGGGGAUCCUUCGACGACACAACGGCCACUACUGCCACAGGGCUGUCUAGUAUCGCUGCGUAUGAUGUUCAAACAGAUGAGUGGAGUCGUCUGGGAGGUGGUGUAAAUGGCAAAGUUACUUCCUUGGGAUAUUCGGAUGGCCAAGUCCUGGUUGCUGGCGAAUUUACCGAAGUGAUGUCCUCACUCGGCGUUUCCGGCACUAGUGCCGGUGGAUUUGCGGUUUGGGACAUUGCGAAGUUGUCAUGGGUCAAUAGCGGCGGAUUCAUCGUUGGGGACCUCUCCUUUGUCGGUAAUGGCACAGGCUCGCAGCAGUUCAUAUCAGGAAACGUUGCUGCGUCACAAAGGUACGGUGCCAGCGGCAUGGUUUUUUUGCAAAACAGCGACAGUGAUACUCCUGCGGUAACACCGUUAAGCGUAGAACUCGAUUCCAAUGUGAACAAUGCAUCAUCUUCCUCUUCAAUGGCAUCCAAACGACGCCGGGAACAUCACUCGAGGGCAUCUCCUUGGAUGCCUUAUGUUGCACUUUCGCGGUUCUGGUCCCGACAGUCGUCUUCAUCCGUCAGAGUAACGUCGUUACCUACACCCAUCUCCGCGUCUGCACCGUCUGUUCUGGCAGGGGCCUUCUGGACGAAUAGUACGUCGUCUGUAGAGGUUGCCAUCAUUGGUGGAAACUUUUCUUUCACCAAUGGAGGAACGGAAGCGUUCGCGGUCGCCAUCUACGACGCGGAUUCAGGAUCUCUGAAUAGGUUAAAUGGCUCCCAGAUCAACGGCACAGUGCGAACGCUUCUCGUAGACGGUGACGUGCUUUAUAUAGGUGGCCAAUUUACGAUUUCAGCAACCAGUGUCAAUGGUUUCGCUAUCUACAACUUAGUCAGUCAGGAAUGGGACAUUUCCGGCCUCCAAAGCUUCCAGGCAGACUCUGGUUCCACCGUCACCGUGUAUUCUAUCACCACAUCGGCAUUCAAGGAUAAUACGAUCAUCGUAGCAGGUUCUUUCGCUCAGGCCGGAUCCCUACCUUGUCAAGGUAUAUGUUCUAUGGACACCACUUCCAAACAGUGGAACAUAUUGGGGGAGGGCAUUCAGGGAGAGGUGUCUUCCGUUUCAUAUGCUGGAGAUAAUGAAGAGUUGCUGGUUGCGGCAGGCUCCAUUGCGCUCUCUGACAACACAGAAGCCAACGUCGCGCUGUUUAGCUUCUCGAAUUCAUCAUGGGCAACUGUCGGAUCCGGAGAUGACAUCCCUGGGCCUGUCACCGCGCUGGAAGUAAAUUCGGCGAAUUCGAGUAGCAUAUUCGCAGCCGGAAAAACUUCUGAUGGUGCAUCGUUUUUAACCUUCUGGAAUGGUCAGACCUGGAAUACCCUCUCCUCGACCUUCGAGAGCACCACAAUUGUUACGCAGCUCAUAAUGGUCCCUUUGCAAGAUACGCACGCCAGCUCAGGGGUUAUUGAAUCUGACCGCAUGCUCAUGAUAUCUGGUUCCUUGGACGACCCCUCUUUUGGCAAUGCAUCUUCUGCUCUAUACGAUGGACAAUCAUACAUACCUUAUAUCGUAUCGUCAUCCAACACAGGGUCGACGGGUGCCGUAGCGGCCUUAUUCCAUUCUUUCGCUUCAUUCAAUUUUACUCAGCACCAUUUCUUGGCUACUGGCGUGGUUAUCUUGAUAUCCAUUGCAAUCGCGGCCGGCGUCGUGUUUUUGUUGGCCCUGAUUGGAAUUUUGUGGACUCUUUUCUCUAGGCGCGACGAGAAGCUCAAUAAACUUGAUGUUGUGGAUGACGAUGACGAUUCAACACAUCAUCGACCUUCAUCUCUGCUUGAGCACAUCAACGCAGCAACAAGAGCUACUGUGUUAGGCGGGGCUGCAUAUGACCAGUAUGAUGACAAGGAGGAGGAGAAGAUCCAGCGCGAUGCACCAUCACCUACACCAGAUGCGGAUCCUUUUGGUCCAGAUGGGAGCAACUAUCUGCGGGCAGAGACACCCUCUGACGCCAUGGGUGGACUCAUGGGAGAAGAUACGAGUCGACCUGCGCACGCAAGAUAUUCUUUUGAUGGAGCAGGCGAGGGCGAACUGCCUCUCACUGCAGGUGCUGAGGUGGAAGUGCUUGAUGAUAGAGACACCGCCUGGUGGUAUGCGCGUGAUGUACGAACUGGUCAGGAAGGGGUAGUGCCAGCUGCGUAUUUGUAUUAGACCGCUCCUGGAUAUUCCAAUCGUUUAUUUGUCGCUUGCAUUGUUACAUAUAUAUAUACCCCAUCACGAUUUCUUUUUCUUAUUGACGGUUUACCAAAUCUGCUAUCCAUUAUUAUAGUACCUAGUCGUCGCUUUGGUUGUUUGGAGUGUAAUUAUUAAGUCAAUGACAUUAUGUUCACUACUGUCGGGGUAGAUCUUGC